AUGGGAGAUACGUCUUACGAAGACACCCAACAUCUACUGGACUGUAUUACCAGCCCAAAUUUUGACCAGCGUCUCAAUAAUCACAUGGAUGGUAAUGCUAUCGAGGAGGCUAAAGAUACGAAGGUGCCUAAGUUCAUAGGCCCCAGCAACUCCGCCUUUCAGAACCCUCAGGCACACUAUGAGAUCGAAAAUGAUCUCCUAACACCUAAUCCUUUUGAAAGAGAGUUUAUGGAGGCAUGCAAAGCAGCCCGUGCUCGGAUUCCAGUUUCUGCAGGGUCGGAUGAGCAGUUGAGCACUUUUGAUAACAGUACUACCGUCGGCGAGGAUGAUACUCAAGUUCCCACCUCUACUACUCUCACACCUGCGACUCAGUUUUCUUCACCCAUGAAUCCUGAGCACUUCUUGCCGGAGUCAUUCCAGGCACAGACGUAUCCACCACUCUACAACCAACCUCAGUCUUACCCUGUGCCGAUGAACCAACCAUUUCACGAUCAGACGGCACUUGAGCAAAUGGAGCCCUUUCCACAACGACGAUUCAUCACUCGUUGCGGACGUCAGUUUAAGCGAUCUCAACGUCCUCGGCAGCAGCCCAUCUUCACCCUGGCCGAUCAACUCCAGCAACCUCUAACCGAGCAGACUUCUCACCCAACCUUUCAAGUCUCUCAACCUCACAUCCCCUCCUCUCGAGCACCACCUCGCAGAGUCGCUGCCCCCGGCGAACCAACACGUCACAAGAUCCCAGCCAACAUCACAGCAUACACUUCGGAUCAACAGUGGCUCCUCCCAAAGCUGGACCGCUUCACCCACGAAUACCAGGGCUACAUCACGAACCCAGGUCAAGCUCGUCGUAUAGACAAUGUCUUUCUCUCCCUCGCACACCAUGAAGUAAAAGUCACUCCGGUAGACAUGGAUCCCACAUUCCCCCGGGCUCACGAAGCGUAUCGCGCUUGUGUCCAGGAACUCUUCAACGCUAUUGUUGACUGGUCGAAUACCAGGGGAUGGCGAACUAAAAUGGGAUCAAAGCUUGCUGCGCAGUGGGUUGAAGAAGUCAAGGCCUAUCGAAAGAAAUUGGGACUUUCUGUUGAGCCGCCUGACAUGCUUGAUCAUCAAAUUGAGCCCCCUCUUUAUAGGAUGCCUCCUGUGAACGAGCAGUGGAAGAAUGUCGUUCAUCGUCAGUUGUCCAACAUUGAGAUUGAGAUUCUUAGUUCUAAGAUUCUCGAUUCAGCCAUGCUGUCGCAGCAGGAUCGUAACUUCGACAACAAGGUUUUGAUUCACUCGGCUCUACGCUCAUCGUGGCUCUCCCGAAUCACCAAUUCUCCAGUUGCCGAGCUUGUCCGCAAGGAGAACAAUAAGGCUGGUAACGACAAGAAGCGAAAUACCGCUAACCGCCAGAAUGGUAAGGGUGCCAAGAGACCCCAGAGUGAGGAGAGUGAAGAUGAGGAAGAGGAUAGGAAGGUCAAGAGGACGCGAACCUAG